AUGCCGUAUCCACGCAGAUUCGGUGUUGAUCCGCCUCCGCUACCGCUGCCGCUUAUAAAUGUAAUACUCGGCGGCGUGUGUUGCAAACUCAUAGCGAAAACCGGCCCACAUCACACGUUAUUACACGAAUGUUUUAAGCAGCAAGCUAGCGAGAAUUUUAGAAAUAAAAAAUUGAUGAGUAGCAACACCCAAAGACAGGUGUAUUACAGCCCCAAAAAUCAAGCGAAUACGUCUCAACAAGAUGAUUCUGAAGUACUUUUAGCCACCGCAUUGGUAAAGGUAACAGCUGAAGAUGGCAAACAGCACAUAAUGCGAGCACUGAUCGACCAAGGGUCUCAAAUUAGCAUCAUAACCGAACGAGCAGCACAGCAACUGGGCUUAAAACGCCAACAAAGCAAAGGGAUCGUCCUUGGUGUAGGGGGCCAAGAAAACAACUGUCGUGGAAAACUCAAGAUUAAUUGCCAAUCUAUAUAUAACAAUUUUACCUUCAACGUCGAUACAUUCAUCAUGACUAAUCUUAUAAAAAAUCUACCUAAUAGAUCGUUUGAAAAACCCGGCUGGUCGAAAUGUAUAGCGCACUUAAACUUAGCAGAUCCAGAAUUUAACAAAAGCCGAGCAGUAGAUAUUUUAUUUGGAGCAGAUAUUUAUUCAUACAUUAUGUUAGAUGGGAUCAUUCGAGGCCGCGAAAUCUCACAACCACUAGCACAGCAGACGCAAUUGGGUUGGUUAUUAUGUGGAGGCAGCAUAAAUACCUUCCAUUGCAACGUUAUUUUGAAUCACAUACAAGAGAUUCAAGAUUUUUGGAAAAUAGAGGAUAUACAGGAGCAAAAUGAUAUGUCAGCGAAAGAUAAGCAAUGUUUAGAUUAUUACUUAGCAACUACAAAGCGAUUAAAAAACGGGCGUUAUGAAGUAAGCAUACCUAUGGAGGAUCAAGCGUUACAAAAAUUGGGAUCGUCUGAAAAACUUGCAUUAGCACAAUUUAUGAAUUUAGAAAAUAAACUUAAUAAGCAGCAUGAAUUAUCGGAGCAAUACAAGCAAUUUAUGAGCGAAUAUAUACAACUGGGACAUAUGAAAAUAGCAGCAUUAAAUUCAAGCGUACAAUGUUUUUUACCACAUCAUGGGGUACAGCGAGCAGCAUCCAGCACCACUAAACUACGAGUCGUAUUUAAUGGAUCAGCUAAAACCACGACAGGCUACAGCUUAAACGACCUUAUGCACAAGGGACCCAAUAUGCAAAAGGAUUUACAAAGUAUCAUUAUCAAUUGGAGACUAUACCGUUACGCCUAUACAUCUGAUAUUGAAAAAAUGUAUCGACAAAUAUUAGUAAAAGAAGAAGACCAAAAACUUCAACAAAUAUGGUGGAGAUCAAGCCCGGACCAGCCUAUAAAAGCAUAUCAAUUAACAACUAUCACUUACGGAACGAAAGCAGCACCUUUCUUAGCAAUUAUGACGUUGAAUCAGCUAGCACAAGAUGAGCAAAAUAAUUUCCCAAAAGCAGCAAAAAGCAUUAAAGAAGAGUUUUAUAUGGAUGACUACAUCUCGGGAGCACACACAAUUAGUGAAGGUCAGCAAAAAAUAGCGGAGGUGAAUCAUGUACUUAGCGGAGCAGGGUUCCUUUUGAGAAAAUGGAUUGCAAACGAUAAGAGCCUUAUUGAAAACAUUAUCAGCGAAGAACGAGACGAGCAAUCAACAUUUAUGUUUAAAACGGAAAACACGCCGAAAACCUUAGGCCUACGAUGGGACCCGAUUAGUGACGUAUUUGUAUUUGACUAUGAUAGCGUAAUAAAUGAAUACUCAGCAAAGUUAACGAAAAGAAAAUUAUUAUCGGAAAUGUCUAAGCUAUUUGACCCAUUAGGAUGGUUGACGCCACUUACAACAAAAAUUAAGAUUUUAUUUCAAAAGGUAUGGUUACAAGCAGAUCUUGAAUGGCGUGAUCCAGUCUCCCAAGAUAUAAAAAGCGAAUGGAUAAAAAUAAAAAAAGAGCUAAACACGUUAAAAUGUAUUAAAAUUCCCAGAUGGUAUAAAUGUGAUGAGAAUAGCACAAUUGAAUUACAUGGGUUCUGCGAUGCCUCAAUAAAAGCCUAUGCAUGCGUCGUAUAUGCCAGAGUCGUAAAAAAUAGCUCAAUCUCAACUAUAAUAAUAGCAGCAAAAUCCAGAUUAGUACCGAAUAAAAAAGAAGUAUCGUUACCUAGAUUAGAAUUAUGUGCCAUGGAGUUAUUAACAAAGUUAAUGAAUAAAAUAAAAAAUAGCAUCAGCAGCACAAAAGUUGAAAUUUAUGGUUGGAGCGAUUCAAUGGUAGCCCUUGGUUGGAUCAACGGAAACCCCGACCGUUGGAAGCCCUUUGUAGCAAAUCGGGUAAAGAAAAUUCACGAAACAAUGCAACCUCAAUCAUGGCGCUAUAUAAAAACGAAGGAAAAUCCAGCUGACGCAGCGAGUCGAGGUCAAACAGCAUUACAAUUAAAAGAAAACUUAUUAUGGUGGCGAGGUCCGGGAUGGUUAUUAAGUUCAGAUUUUAAAAAUAAGCAGCAGCACACUAAUUAUACGACAAAUUUAGAAAUAAGAAAACAAGUUAAUAUUAUUCAAAAAGCAUACACAUCAAGCAUAAUAGAUCAUUUAUUAUACAAAUAUAGUUCAUUAUUAAAAAUAGUACGAGUAUUAGCAUGGAUAUUACGAGCGAUUACACCGUCAUUAAAACAAAGGCCGACGUAUCUCACAUUACAAGACGUGAGAAAAGCUAAAACAGCAAUUAUUAAAUAUGUUCAAUCGACUGAAUUCUCAGCUGAUUUAGAGCAAUUAAAAAAGGACAAUAAAUUACGAUCUAAUAGUGCAUUAUUAAGCUUAAAUCCAUUUUUAGAUGAAAAUGGUAUUUUAAGAGUUGGAGGACGUUUAAAAAAUUCAAACAUCAGCGAAGAUAUGAAACAUCCAAUAAUUAUUCCAUAUAGCGGGCGUUUAACGGAACUACUUAUAAAUGAAGCACACGAACUUUCUUUUCACGGUGGAGCAAAAAUUACUAUUUCAAUUUUAAGGCAAAAGUACUGGAUAAUCAAAGGAUAUCGAGCAACAAAAAAGCAACUUCGGACCUGUAUCACAUGUAAGAAGCGAGAACCUACAAAAUUACAUCAACUAAUGGGAGAUAUGCCUAGCUAUCGUGUCAAUCCAGCUCCUCCGUUUUAUCAUACAGGAGUUGAUUUUACGGGAUUCGUCAACGUCAAGAUUAAUAAAGGUCGAGGAGUAAAAACCACAAAAGGUUACAUAGCGUUAUUCAUAUGCAUGGUUACGAAAGCAGUACAUAUAGAGAUAGUUUCCGACCUCAGCAGCACAACUUUCAUAGCGGCUCUGCGACGCAUGGCAGCACGACGCGGAACCCCAAAGCAUAUAUAUUCAGAUAAUGGCACGAACUUUGUCGGUGCAAAUAAAAUUAUACAACAAGAAUAUAAUGAAUUAAUAAGCAAUUUUAGCGAUAGUUUUUACAAAGAAAUCACUGAAAUGGAGAUAGAAAGGCACUGGAAUUGUCCAUCGUGGCCUAGCGCAGGAGGAAUUUGGGAAAGAUCGAUAAGAAGCCUAAAACAGCAUAUAAAAAGAGUAGUGGGAGAGCAAGCUUUAACCUUUGAAGAAUACAGCACAAUCCUUGCACAGAUAGAAGGAUGCCUUAAUUCAAGGCCUUUAUGUUCAAUUACGGAAGACGUAGAAGAUUUAGAUUUCUUAACACCUUCACAUUUCUUAAAUCAGCGAGCGGAGAAUACUCUCAUAGAAACAGCACAUGAUGCCAGGACUAGAUGGUACUUAGUAGAUAAAACUUUUAAUGAUAUUUGGAAACGGUGGAAAAAUGAAUAUCUCAGCCAGUUGACCGUUCGAAGCAAAUGGUUAGAACCUCAAAGGAACCUUAAAAUAGGGGAUUUAGUGACCAUUCACGAUGAUAUUAUGCCAGCCGGGAAGUGGCCAGUGGGCCGAGUAGUAGAAACCCAUCCAGGAAGCGACGGGUUGCAACUUGAAAACAAGCUAUAUCUGAAACCGGACAUAUUAGAAACCAAAUUAAAUCCCAUCCACAAUCUGAUUAACUCUGCUCUGCCUAUCACAAACUACUCUGACAACGAAGAAAUCAAUACAUCAUUAAAAUCUCUUGGGGAGAAAAUAAAAAUUAUGAAAAACGCUGUCGAUGAAACGGAUACCUUAGGUAUUUCGCAACACGACCUACACCAAUAUGCCGUAUCAUAUGGAACACUAGCAUUAACAAUAUUAGCAAGCAUCUUAUUCUUCGUGUGGUGGCGAAGGAGUCGAGCGACUCCACAGCAGAGCGUCCCAGGAGCCCAACAGCAGAGCGUCCCAGCAGCGCAACAAACUAUUCAGUCUCGGACCAUACCCCAAGAGUGUGUCGAUUCUAGUGUGUGCGUGCAUCAAAAAAGUGUUACUAGUGUUCGUGCGUCUCCCUUACCCGAGCGGGGAGAGUGUAUCAGUGAAGUAGCGUCAUGUGAACAAAACAGACUCAGACGAUGGGCAAGUGCGCGUUUUAAAAGGAGCGAUAGGUCGACAUCGCCAAUAGCUAACAAACGCUCUGCUAUAAUAAGUGACUCGGUGGUGGAAAUAUAA